AUGAACAGUGCGCUAAGUUAUCAGCAGCUAUUCUCUGUCCUGGCCACGACAGGUUUCUCGGCUAUGAACGACCUCCAAUCGCAGUCCUUGCCACACACCGCUCAUGCAUCCCCAGCCCUGACCUCGGCGGCGCCUGCGCCCACCCAGAACAACCACCGAUCCCCAAUAUACCCGGACCUUCUCGGUGCACCGCCCGUUCCACCACCGAGAACGUCUUCAACGCAGCGGAGUCACGGCUCAAGCGAGAGAGUCCCAGGAUCGCGCCAAGGGAAGAGCAAAGGCGACGAGCGGAGCGCAAACCACCGCGAAAAGAGAAGAGAGGACUCACGGUCCCGGCGACCAGCCCCGAGAACGUCCGAAGACCAGUCCGGAGGGGUGGGAGGGGUGAACAGUCGAAGCCAGGCAGCUUCGUCUUCUGCGCCCAUGCGCUCGGAAAACCCCACGGAGGCAUUGCCGGGCCAAGGGGCCUUGGUCAAGGAAUCGAGCACAUUGAUCAAUCAAGUCAUGGUAAGCGACCCGUCGGUGGACGUCGAGCGAGAACAGGUCCGACAAUCUGGUACAUCGGUAUCACCGUCGACUGAUGGUACUCCGACCCCUGGGCUGGGCUUGGUGGGUAGUGACGGCGUAGAUGAUGGAGGUCGCGGCGGGCUGCGGAGUCGGCAUGAUUACAACGAGAAUUCAAAUAAGCGGAAAGAGACAACAUUCGGUCAGUACAUUUUAGGACAAACACUGGGAGAGGGUGAGUUCGGGAAAGUGAAGCUGGGAUGGAAGAGGGAUGGCAGUAUCCAAGUGGCUAUCAAGCUAAUACGGAGGGAGUCUCUCGGAUCGAACCCCAGCCGGCUGCCCAAGAUUUACCGGGAAAUUUCGAUCUUACGCGAUCUUUCCCAUCCCAACAUCGUCCGAUUACACGAGAUGGUGGAGACUGAUAAGCACAUCGGUAUCAUCAUGGAAUAUGCGUCUGGGGGCGAACUUUUCGAUCAUAUCUUGAAUAACCGGUAUCUCAAAGACAAUGCAGCUCGGCGUCUCUUUGCGCAGUUGGUAUCUGGAGUUGGUUACCUCCACAAAAAGGGCAUUGUCCAUCGAGACUUAAAGCUGGAAAACUUACUGCUGGAUCGAAAUCGUAACAUCAUCAUCACAGACUUUGGCUUCGCGAACACCUUCGAUCCGAUAGAUGAGCUAGGCGAGGAGAUCGAAUAUAAUCUUACGAACAAGGAGUUUGUAAAGAGGAUGCGCCUUGACAAGCCUAAUGCCAAGGGCUUAAGGCGUGGUGAUUUGAUGCAAACCAGCUGUGGGAGUCCCUGUUACGCUGCACCAGAGCUUGUUGUUAGCGAUUCGCUGUAUACCGGGCGUAAAGUGGACGUUUGGAGCUGCGGUGUCAUCUUGUAUGCAAUGCUUGCUGGUUAUCUACCAUUCGAUGAUGACCCCGCCAAUCCGGACGGUGAUAACAUCAACCUCCUCUAUAAGUAUAUCGUCACGACUCCUCUCACGUUCCCCGAGUAUGUGACUCCACAUGCCCGUGAUCUCUUGAGACGGAUAUUGGUCCCGGAUCCGCGGAAGCGAGCAGAUCUGUUCGAGGUUGCACGGCAUAGUUGGCUUAACGAGCACUCGCACAUUGUAUCACACAUAACUAGCAGUACAACCAAGGUCGCUGAUAUUGCUACUACAACCGUUUCUCAUGGUACGGCGCUCUCGGGACGUAUACACUGUUUACCUGUUAAUUCGUUGCCUCCAGCAGAACAACCUAAAGAGGCCCCAUCCCUCGGACGCAGUGCGUCGGUUAGGGAGCCUCCUAAAACCUAUCAAAACACAGUCCCCUCUCUGGGCGGCCUUGUUCACCACGCUGGCGAUAUUUCACAGGAACAACCUGCCGAGAGCUCCAAGACUACCCGGGACACGAAACGGAGAACCGUUCAGGUCGAAUAUGUUGCUCCUUCGUCUCAGACUACGAGAGGGGAUGGCAUGGGAUCAACCACGGCAGGGCCAUCGAGUGUUGCUGAAACCGCUGAGCAUGCGCCCACUGGAGCAAGGUCAAUUAGCCGAGAUGCUGAGACUGUCUCACCUACCAGUGGCGUACAGCAAGGCGCGCCUAUGGCGCCAAGCGCACAAGUCGGAGAUUCCAAGGCACAGCGCCCACCAUCUGGGCAUUUGCCUCGCUCAACUUCGGACUCGACAGCACUUACGGGAGCCGGGACAAUGCCCCAACCACAAUCUAUGCGGCCUACAACGGGUGCGUCCAUGUCUUCAUUCAAUACCGGUCGUUUACCGUCGCGAGGAUCCUACGGACAGCCCGUGGCUCCCACUGUGGCGGCGACCAAUGCGCAUGGUCGGCUGGCACAACCGAAGAGCAAGCAAUAUGUUAUCUCGAACCCCAUCCCUCAGGAUCCUUCACAACAGGCUGCGGUGUCGAUUGGCCGUCCGAGCACCCAGGCUCUUCCUGCAAAAUUCAAUACAACCCCCCGACAAGAGCCCCCGAAAGGCCACAAGAGAUCGAAUACUGUCUCGGGAAUUGGCGAGAAAUUGUUUGGGCGGUCUGGGUCCAUUUUUGGAGGACGUGGUGGACAGGCAAAUGCUCGUCAAAAAAGUGGCAAACGUUAUCCUCCUACAAGUAUGAGAGACCCUUAUGGUGGCGAUAUGCCCCGGAUGUCUAUGGAUUCACGGCGAUCCAUGCAAUAUGGAUCAAACCGGAAGACGAGCGAAACAGGUGGCGAGAGUCGGCCUCGUAGAUUCUCCCUCUUGCCGGCGUCAUUCUCCCUCAAGGGUCUUUCUUCGAGUAGAUCUCAAACCCCUGAUGAAGAGUCGCAGGCUGAUCGCUCCACGGAUAAUCGGGCUCCGCAAAAACCAUCAACCGGGGAACUACGACCCCGUGCACGUGCGACCAGCCACGGAACACAAGAUGCAAUAGGAGUCAUGCCAGAAGGGGCACCGGCAGAUGAGGUCUUCGUCCAAGAUGAGCCCAUCAACUACCAGGCCCGUAUUGAUGAGCAGUUUGCGGUGCUGCAUGGGACCCAAUCUGCGACGUAUCAACCAGCGUCCUACUCGGCUGAGCAGGUGUACCAGAACGACAAUGAUCACUAUUAUCGGAACCAAUACGCCAAUCACUCGACACCGAACUACUACGAAGAAUACAAUGGCCCAUAUGACAGCGCGCCUCGGCAAUCUACGUCGGUUGCCCGACCAACAAGAGGGGCCAGUGUCCUACAAAAGAAUCAUCGGAAAUUUGCCGAUGCCUAUGAGUAUGAGCGCGAUUCAACACACCACUCUGGCAGCUCUGGUGCGGCCAGGAAAGUGAUGGAUUCUUCCGUCGACGAGCGAAGUCGAGGGCUGGCGAUGACCGCUAGAUCAAGAUUAUCUUUGUUUAUUUCUCUAUUUCUCUUCAACCAACCCGAUAGGUUAACAUGUCAACAUUUUGGUGUGCCCAUGCAACACCAAUCAAAACAAACUGGCUAUUCUGGUUGUUGGCUUCACCCCUGUAUUCCGGGAUUUGAAUAUGUGAAGAUGUCCAACAACUUUUAA